AUGACCCCCAAGGUGUCCAUUGGUGGCAGCAGCCCGGAGCUCAGAAGCCCCUCAUAUUCGGGCAAAGGCAGCAAGAAGGUGCCAGUCAGCUAUGAGGAGCUGCAGAGGGAGGUGCCCAGUGAGAUGGUGCAGAAUGUGCUGCCAAAGAAACUGGCGGACAGACUGCUGAGGCAUCUCAUUGCGGAUGCGCCGACAUGGCACCGCGGCCAGUGGAUCAUGUUUGGCAAAACACAUGCCGCGCCGCGGACCAGCUGCUACUAUAGCCUUGCUGAUGGCCAGGAGGAUGCGGAGGAGAGCGACGACUACAAGGAUGUGUCGCAGCUGGUGGACAGAAGGGACGCCCCCGCAGACCUGCGCGAGGCCGCGCGCAUCAUCGAUGACGUCGUGCGGCGGCUGGGUGCGAGCCGGGAGCCCGAUCUGGCGCCCCGUGACCGCGGCGGCGGCUGGUCGGCCAGCUACGCGCUCGCCAACCAUUACGCUGACGGCCAGGAGACCGUUGGCGCGCAUGCAGAUCGGCUGACGCCGCUGGGCAAGUGCCCAACUAUCGCCUCGCUCAGCCUAGGUGCCACGCGCAUGUUCCGCCUCAAACGUGCAGACCCCACAGAGGCACCUAAGGAUGCUGGAGGCAGCAACAGCGACGCUCCAGGGACAAGAGAAGCAGAGGGCAGGGAGGAGGACACUGCGCAGUCACCCACCAGGACAGCUCCGGCUGCUGGGGCCAUCAACAGUGUGGACUUCUGCUUGGAGCACAACACACUGGUCAUCAUGUGGCCUCCCACACAGGAAGAAUGGCGCCAUGAGGUGCCUCGCAGCAAGAACAUGGGCCGGCACCCGAUCAGCGGCGCGGCGCGCGUGAACCUGACCUUUCGGCGGCUGGACCGGGCAUCGGCCGCGCGCGCGCCGCUGUGCCGCUGCGGCAAUCAGGCGGUGCUCAAGGCCAGCUUGAACAGGCGCCCCCCAGCUGGCAGCCAUGCGGCCUGCCAGCAGGGGUAUUACUUCGCAUGCGACAACACCAAGGGCAGCUGCGGUUUCUGGCGCUGGGACGACGAAGCCUGA